AGAGAGAGAGACAGACAAGAAGGGGAGUCAAUUUGGUUGAGCUCUCAGUGGUUUAAUGUUGAAGGAAGCCUUUGCUUGACAUGUAGAAGACCCCUCUCAAAUACCCCGAAAAAGACGCUUUCUUUUUGCGUCUUCUACUUCGAUCUCUGUACACAGCUCUUUAGAAUUCUCAAAUCCCAGGUAUAUUGAGGUGUGGCAAAGAAAGUCGGCACUUUUGAAUCUUCAAGUUCAUCAGCUCUAGCAAAUAUGGAUCAAAAAUUUAUUGCUGUUGCAGAAGGUUCGUCAGAAGAUUUGAGAACCGACGUUGAGUUAGUGAGAUCAUCCUCUGAAAAGCAACUUUUGAGACCAUCAGCUCGAUAUUAUUCAGUUUUUAAAGGGCAAGCAACAGAUGUGGAUCCUGAAAAAGGAAGAUACACCCUUAUUAAAGAUGCAGAGGACUUCCCAUCAGGAAUAUACGAGAAACAGCUUCCAUGCUUUGGCUGUGGGAUAGGAUGGUUUUCAUUUCUUUUAGGCUUUGCCUUCCCAUUGAUGUGGUACUAUGCUACGGUUCUCUACUUUGGAAAUUACUAUCGCAAAGAUCCUAGGGAGCGAGCUGGACUCGCAGCCUCUGCAAUUUGUGCACUGGUUUGUUCUGUUGUGUUGGUGGUCAUACUACUGUUUCUGAUAUUCUAGCCUUGCGUAAUACAAUUCAAAGUGUCUUCGGAGGUCUUGGCAAGCAUUUAGAAAGCAUUGUUGGAUUGGAAAGGAGUGUAUAGACAUGGAGGCUAAAACUUUUGCAUAGAAAGGAAGGAAAAAGAAACUGGAGAACAGAUAUACUCUUACUUGGCAAUUCUUCAGAUGUCUAUUCUUCAUAUGGAUCAACCAUAUUCAUAUUUUCUUUUUGUUUUAUCAAGUGGAUGAAGAGAAACUAUGUUUAUAAACAUUGUAAUUACACAGAAUUUUAUAGUGGUAAUAUAGAGCUGUGGGAAAGUCCAGGCCUUUUGUUCAAUUUGCUGUUCUCCAGGAAUUGAGUUGGUUCUGCUGAAUACAUACCAUCUUUAAA